AAGAUGCACACAGCUUAAAAGCCACGUGACCUCCUUUUUUUCGGUCCAUUAUAUCCUUUAUAUUAUUGUUUUAAUCAGUUUCAUAUGUUAUCAGUUAUCAUGUGAGUCGGGUUUUAUCAACAACACACAGCGUACUUGCACGAAAUCAAGGAUUUUUGAAUAAAUUAACAUUUUAAAUAAUCGACGAUAGUACGUAAUUUAUACUUUAUUAGUAAAAAAAAUAUCCUAAUUGUACUUACAAAUAAAAUUGUGUUAAAAAAAAAUAAACGUAUCGACAAUUUUUUUUUUAGUUCUUCUAUGUUUAUAUUGUUAUUUUUAUGUAUCUCGCCAGAACAUUUAAUAAGAUAUGUCUACUUGCUCAUACACGUCCAAUCGCUAAUAUUACAUUUGGCCAGUCCAAGUCAAUCAUGCAGCUUCAACUUGAAAAAUUAUCUCAACCGCAUUAGACCUCUAGUACAUUGUGAUAACAAACCAAGAAGUAAUUCAUAUGAUUUUAGUUUGCUAUCAUAUAACAUUUUGGCUCAAAACUUACUAGAAAAGAAUUCCUUUUUAUAUGAUUGGUCAGAUUUACGUGUAUUGAACUGGGAGUACAGAAGGAAACUUUUGUUGGAUGAAAUUAGAAAGUAUAAUGCUGAUAUAAUAUGUUUUCAAGAAGUUCAAGAAACACAUUUAAAUUGGUUUUUCAGAAACUUAUCUGAUAUAGGUUACAAUGGUGUGUAUAAAAAACGCACUCAUGGCCACCAAGAUGGUUGUGCUAUUUAUUACAAAAAUGAUAAGUUUGUACUUAAAGAAAAAGUAACUGUUGAGUACAAUCAACCUGGUAUUAGUGUAUUAGAUCGUGAUAAUGUGGGUAUUGUCCUGAGGUUAUCACCACGUCAAAAUGAACAUGAAAAUGUAAUUGUAUCAACAACACAUAUACUUUAUAACAAAAAACGACACGAUGUCAAGUUAGCACAGGUGCACUUGCUUCUGGCUGAAAUUGAAAGAGUAGCUUACAAAGGACAUGAUAAGGACGAUGACCGUGUUAUUCCUUUAUACCAUCCGAUUGUGUUGACUGGCGAUUUCAAUUUAGAACCUAACACUGCUGUUUAUGAUUUCUUAAUUAAUGGUGCUCUAAACUAUAGUGAAUUACAAAAACCAACAUUAUGGCCUCAAACCAAUGUGAGUGGAAGGCAAGAAAUGGGAAAUGAACUCAUCCCACAAUGUUUGGGCAUAACUGAACAUAGUCAGCAUACAAAUAUUUUAGAAUUAAGAUCAUCGAAUAAUCAUAAGCGACAGACGAAUGAUAGUUUAUAUUCAAAGUUAUAUCACAGUGAAAGAAAAAAUGAUAAAUCCUUGGCUGAUUCUUAUUCAAAAUAUGGGCAAUGUACCGGUAAUUUGUAUCACAACUUAAAGUUUGCAUCUGUAUAUAAUGAUUCAAGUUGUUCUACUUUUCACGAUCAAUGGGUCAUUGUAGACUAUAUAUUUUACACACACACAAGUUUAAAAUUAAAAACUUACCAGAAGCUUCCAAAUGUAGACGAAUGUAAAGGAUUACCACCAAUGCCAAAUAAACUUUGUCCGUCUGACCAUUUACCAUUAUAUGCUGUGUUUACUUUUAAAUAAUUUCAACAUGUUAUGAACUAAAAAUGUAUUAUUUUAAUUUAAUUUACAGAAGGAACCUAUUUUUACAUAGUAUAUUACACUAUUAAAUGUUUGAUUAAAAAAAAAAACAUCUAAUAUAUUCUAAUUAUUUUUGUGAUAAUAUUGUUGUUAAAAUGUUUUAAAUUGUAACCCUAAUGGAAAUUAAAUAUUUCAUAAGAUUGUAAUUUUCAGAAUGAGUGUUUAAAGUGUUAUCUUCUGCUAAAUUUAAU